UACUUUCCCUCCCCCUUAUCUCUGCAGACAAUGCAGAAAUUAAGACGAAUGCACACCGCAGCUCCCCAGAUAAUGACCGGGGCGACAGCUUAUCUCUCCGCAUGGAGAAAGCUGCAGGACGGGGCACUGACGCUACCCGCAUUGCAUCACGGACACGACUGCCGGUACCCCGCUGUCUUUCUCCCACAUAAAUCGGCAAUAUAGAGAGAAUUUUUUUUUCGCCCGGGAGGUCCAGUGCUGCAAGAAGACGCCUCGCUGCUGUGCGCAAAAGCCGUUAAUUACGCGCAGUGCCGGCAACUUCAGCGCUCUGCUUAAUGGAUUGUGUUUGUGGAAGAGGCCGGUCCGCGGCAUCCACUGGGAUCUCUCGCUCGUAUAAUCUGCAGCCAGAUCACGUUGGACAUUAAAGAGGGCGCCACAACCUGUGGCUGCGCGCGCCCUUGGUUCAACUUAUUCUAUCCUGAGAGGUGAAAUGGACCGAUACAGCUGACGAUUUGGAAUCCGUAGCGCAGGGGUGGAAAGGUGGUGGGAAAAAGGGAGGAAAGUCAUCCCAGGGGAAACAUGUAUGGGCGCUAUACCCAGGAGCUGGGUGUCUACGCCAAGGAGGAAGCGGCCCGCCUACGGGAUGGCGGAGUACGGAACGGCGGAGGACUGCGGCGGAACACCAGCGUCCGUAGUCGUGCUGCGGAUCUGCAGGAGUACGAAAAAGAUCCAUGUGGAAAGUGCCAGUCAUGUGCAUCUCGCUGCCAGAAGUUCCUGAUCUCACGGGUGGGGGAGGACUGGAUAUUUCUCAUCUUGCUGGGGCUGCUCAUGGCACUGGUCAGCUGGGUCAUGGACUACGCCAUCGCCUUCUGCCAAGAAGCACAGAAGUGGAUGUACGGCGGCCUGGACAGUAACAUGUUUCUCCAGUACAUCGCCUGGGUCACCUACCCUGUGGUGCUCAUCACAUUCUCUGCAGGUUUCACGCAGAUACUGGCUCCUCAGGCCGUGGGCUCGGGCAUUCCAGAGAUGAAGACAAUUCUGAGGGGAGUCGUCCUGAAGGAGUAUUUGACUUUUAAGACAUUUGUGGCCAAGGUCAUCGGCCUGACCUGCGCCUUGGGCAGCGGGAUGCCUCUCGGGAAGGAGGGACCUUUUGUCCAUGUUGCCAGCCUGUGCGCCGCCCUGCUGAGCAAAUUCAUGGCAGCUCUGUUUGGUGGAAUCUACAUGGAAGAGCCCUUUGAGGGAAGCAAGAACGAGUUGAGAAACACCGAAAUGUUGUCUGCUGCUUGUGCGGUCGGUGUGGGCUGCUGCUUCGCUGCCCCCAUUGGAGGGGUGUUGUUCAGCAUUGAGGUCACGUCCACCUUUUUUGCCGUGAGGAACUACUGGAGGGGCUUCUUCGCUGCUACCUUCAGUGCCUUCAUCUUCAGAGUGUUGGCGGUGUGGAACCAGGAAGAAGAGACCAUCACAGCUCUCUUUAAGACCCGCUUCCGUCUGGACUUCCCCUUCGACCUUCAGGAGCUGCCGGCGUUCGCCAUCCUUGGCAUUGCCUGCGGCUUCGGCGGUGCCCUCUUUGUGUACUUGAACCGUCACAUUGUGGAGUGUAUGAGGAAGCAGAAGACCAUUAACAAGCUCUUACUGAGGAAUCCCUCUCUUCCUGUCAGGCGCCUGGUGUACCCGGCGCUCGUCACCCUGCUGGUCUCCACCCUCACGUUCCCGCCGGGCUUUGGGCAGUUUAUGGCGGGACAGCUGACACAGCAUGAGUCUCUGGUGGCACUCUUUGACAAUCGCACAUGGUGCCGUCAGGGCGUGGCUGAGGAGUUUGACUAUAUCAGCCACCACCAUGGUUGGAAGCACCCGCAGGUCAACGUCUUCAUCACGCUCAUACUCUUCAUAAUAAUGAAGUUCUGGAUGUCCGCCGUGGCCACCACCAUGCCCGUUCCAUGCGGGGCCUUCAUGCCAGUUUUCCUCAUUGGUGCUGCAUUUGGCAGGCUGGUUGGAGAGGUCAUGGCUGCCAUGUUUCCUGACGGUAUUCAUGCUGAUGGCAGUGUGUAUCCCAUAGUCCCCGGCGGUUAUGCAGUCGUCGGUGCUGCAGCGCUGUCCGGGGCCGUCACCCACACCGUGUCCACAGCAGUCAUUGUCUUCGAGCUGACCGGUCAGAUCUCACACAUCCUGCCUGUGAUGAUUGCCGUGAUCCUGGCCAACGCUGUGGCCCAGGCGCUCCAGCCAUCGCUGUACGACUCCAUCAUCCGCAUCAAGAAGCUGCCCUAUCUUCCAGAGCUCGGCAUGGGGCAUCACGAGAAGUAUAAUAUCCGUGUGGAGGACAUCAUGGUGCGGGAUGUGCGCUACAUCACUCUAACCUCGUCAUAUCGGGAGCUGCAGGAGAUGCUGCUGACCGGUCAGCUUAAGACGCUUGCACUGGUUGAAUCCAUAGACUCCAUGAUCCUCCUAGGCUCCAUUGAGAAGCUCCAGCUCCAGUCUCUGCUCUCGCUCCAGCUGGGUCGCCAACGCCGCCUGGCCUACCUUCGCCAGCUGGCCCUGGACAGCGACACCAACGACCACCUGCCCAGCCUGACCAGCGACAGCACACCGAGUUCACCCUGCAGCCACGCCGCCAUUAAUGCUCAUCAAGGGGUCCGCUUCCUGGUGAGCACCCAACAGAUCUCCACAGAGGAGUCUUCCUCCUUCAGCCCAGCGGUGGUUUCCAACAUUCAGCAGCUCCCUCUCAAAUCGGCUUUAAAAACUGUAUCUGCAAUCAGCAACACUGACACACCGAACAGCUCUCAGACGCUCUCCUGCGCUGACCAAGACAAGGAGCUACUGGAGGUGAGAGCAAGCCUGACAGACAUCAAGGGUCAAAGCCCAGCUGGGCCGGCUCCCUCUGCAAGCAGGAAGACCAAACGUGUGAGGAUCUCCAUGGCGGACUCGACUGAAGUAGAAGACGGUAUGACGCCAACCGAGAUGGCCGAGUGGGAGGAACAGCAGCUGGAUGAGCCGGUGGAUUUUAAGAACUGCAAAAUUGACCCGGCGCCCUUCCAGUUGGUGGAGCAAACGUCUCUGCAUAAGACUCACACUAUCUUCUCCCUGUUGGGGCUCGAUCACGCCUAUGUGACCAGCAUGGGCCGCCUGGUGGGCGUCGUCUCCCUUAAAGAGCUGCGUAAGGCCAUUGAAGGCUCCGUCACGGUGACUGGUGUGAAAGUGCGCCCCCCUUUGGCCAGUUUCCGUGACAGUGGCAACACCGCCAGCAUCUCCGAGGUGACAGAACUCCACAAGCUGUGCAUGCGCCACAGGGGGCUCUCGUUGCCGCGGGAACCCAACCCUCCCGACGUGGAGGACCAGCCGGUCGUGGCGUCCAAGGAGAUGCCUGACAACCCGUCGGACUCCACCAGCUUGCAGUAUGAAGGCAGCCCGGGCGAGGUCACGCCACACGCUUUGUCGUCGGAGCUGGUGCUUCAGGAAAGCCCCUCGUUCACGGAGGACCCGUCAGAAUUUACGUUUGACUGCAGCCCCUCCCACACCGAGGAGUCCGAGCUGGCCUGUGACUAUGACCCCUCAGGCCAAGGUCCUCCCGAGCCUGACCAAAGAGAGCAAGAAAGCGGGAGUCCACCUCUGAGCAGGGACCAAUCAGGACAAGAGGAAGCGGGGAGCGGCCUCGCUGACAACCCAUCAGAGUGAUGAAUGUGAAUGUUGUUGAGAUUGCCUUCUUUAAGCACUCUAAUCUUUCAUUACUGUCUAUCCAAACGGACCAAGUAUUAAUCAGUGCAUGAGCAUGUGCCACAUUUAAAGGUGCACUCCAAGCCAAUAGGGGGAAGCGUACUGUCACAAAGUUGAGGUUCUGACCUUUGGUAGAGAUUGCUCACCACGCACAUUUGAUUGUAUAGUGAUACCUCAUGUCUUAGAUUAUGAAUUUCAAUGUGUUAAAUCAGGGGUGGGCCUAUGUAAUUCUACACACAAAUACAGUACUGUAAAUGCUCUAAUUAUAGCCUACACCGAGACCACCAAAUUGGAGAGGAGCUGUUGUAAAGUCACUGUACACAUACAGAACAAUUUCAUAAUAAUGUGGAGUGCAUGAGAAAGCGGAAAGGAAAAACAGCUUUUUGCCAACAGGUCAUUAAUAUAGUGCACAACACAGCAGAAACAGAACCAGUGUUGUAAAAGUGUUAAGGCUUCCAUUGCUCAGCCAGCAUUAAUACUGUAAACAACAGUACAGCGAGUAUAACAUACACAGCUGAGUGUAAAGCGCAUGCAGAGGUAGCUAUAGGGAAUGUAUGCUUGAUUUUUUAAAAUGACAUUAAGAGGUUGCCUACAGCCACAGCUGUUAAUACACGUGGUUUUGGACUAUUAUUAUUAAAAUUAUUAUUAUUAUUAUUAUUAUUUUUAUUAUUAUAAUAUUAUUAUUUUAUUAUUAUAAAUCAUUCAUUCAUUCAUUUUCUACCGCUUGUCCUCUACAGCUGGAGCCUAUCCCAGCUGUAGAGGCGGGGUACACACUGGACUGGUCGCCAGCCAAUCACAGGGCACAUAUAGACAAAAGUUUAUUUUUUAUUGUGUUUUUAAUGAUUUCUUUUCUUUUUUGUAAAGUGAUUUUUAUUUGUAAUGAUUAUUUAAUUUAUUUUAUUUAUUGUCACAUUUCAUAUAUUUAACUUAUUUGUAAUUAGCAUUUAUUAUAUUUUUUACAUGGUUUUGGACUCUACAGCUGGAGCCUAUCCCAGCUGUUUUCGGGCAAGAGGCGGGGUACACACUGGACUGGUCGCCAGCCAAUCACAGGGCACAUAUAGACAAACAACCAUUCACACUCACAUUCAUACCUAUGGACAAUUUGGAGUCGCCAAUUAACCUAGCGGGAGAACAUGCAGAGAUGGGGGAUUCGAACCCAGGUUUCCUAGCUGUGUGGCCUGCGUGCUAACCACUUGUUUACCGUGCAGCACACUAUUAAAAUCACCAGCGAUUAUUUUCUUGAUUAGACCACACACCAGGCAAUAAUUGGAGCAUUUACCGUCACCAAUAAUCAAUAACCAAUAUUUGUCUCUCCACCCCUGCUUUAAAUCAAUGACAGGAAUGUCUUCUCCGAUCACGAUACGUCGCUUGUGGCAGUGCAAGAAACCAAGAACCUGUGUGUAAUAACAGACGGAAGAGUCGGGUAUGAAGCCGUGCAUGUUGUAGAGGUGUCUCUAGACAUUUCAUGACAUGAUUAUAGAAUCACCAGCCCUAGUCUUUAAAUAUCUACCUAAUGUGUUUCUUAUGAAGAUGUGCAGGAACAUGAAAAUGAUGAGGGGAGAAAGCACAGAAGUAUUUACUACCUAUAAUAUUCCCCGCAAUGUGCUCACAUAGGCGAGGUUGUGUAUUGGAAUAUACAGUACAUAUAUUUAUAAAGCGGUGUGGGCUUACUCAUCACCUGAUAUGCAAUAAAUCAACAGUAAACAUGCAGUAAAGCAGCAAUGGCUGCAAUGGUGGCAGUUUUAUGUGAUAGUCGCUGUUGUUUUGAAUACCAAAUGUUAUGUUUGUCUAUAUUACCCCACACAAAAGGUCUCUUAUUAUUCCUGACAACAAAGGCAGCUUCCAAAGGGCCAGCAGGUCCAUGUAAGUGUGAAGCACAUUGUAAAUAGCAUGACUUUACUUUGCUGCACUGGUAGCCUCUGGUGGCUUUUCUAGGGGCUUCUUCAAUAAGGGCAACCAUUUUUCCACAAUGUAUAAAACUGCCUGCUAAACAACCAGUGUGAUGGAGACACACACAAAAACACGCACACGUGGAUUGUCUGUGGCACAGUGUUUGAUGUUCAUGUUAAAACUUAGGAGCCAUAUUUUGUUUUGCUCACGUCUGUCUUUGUUUGCAUAUAGAACGUGGCGUACAGAACACAUUGCAUUUGUACUGUGUGCAGCGUAUCUAGUUCAGCAAUAAGUCUGUAGUUGUAUCCUUUAUAUGGACACACACACCUUGUACAUGCUUUGUACAUAUGGAAUGACAGCUAAUGUAAAUGGGCCGACGCAUUCAACAACCAUUGUUAUUUUUCAGAGAACAUGAGAACAUGUUUUUGUACAUGAGUAACUGAUUUAGGUUGAAAGAAAAGCACAUUGGAAGAAAAAAAACCUUGACACUGAGUCUGUCUUUUUUGGAUUACUUCUCAGCAUUAUUUAUUUGUAGUUUAAUGUUAUUAUUUUCAUGUUAGACACACAUUUUUAUUUAGUGUUAAGUUUAUUUUUUAUUGUGUUAUUAAUGAUUUAUUUUCUUUUUUGUAAAGUGAUUUUUAUUUGUAAUGAUUUUAUUUUUAUUGUCAUAUUUUAUAUAUUUAAUUAUUUGUAAUUAGCAUUUAUUAUAUUUUUUAUAUUUUGUAUUGGUAUGAUUUUAAUUUUAUUUUUAUUAAACAUUGGUAAUGUAGUGG